AUAAUGAUGUUACGCGAUGUGACAUGUCACACUCCUUUGUUCACUCCCCCUUUAGUUUGAAAGAACAAUGGCAGACAAUGACAAUGCGCACCACUUUUGCCGGGGACCCUGUCACAUAGAAAUUCGAUUCACCUAAAACGUGUUGCAUUAUUCUUUUACCACCCACCACCACUGCUCACGUCGACUGAGUCGCGUCUGUCCGAGUCUCUUUUACGGUUAUCCUACGCUCGUUAACGACCGAUCUCUUCUUUCUUCACUCUUUCUAUCACCCUUCUUUCGUAGUGCUCGCCUGGCUGCUUGCACUCUUACUUCCGAUCUUUACUCGCACAAGAACACACAACCGCCUCCGCCGACAAUGCUUCCCCCUCGUGCCUAUUUCUUUAUUGGUCUCAACAUCAUUCGCGUUCUUAGUAUCGUUGCUCUCGUCCUCGUUUUUGCCAGUAACAUCGUGACUCUGGUACAUGAUGUCGAAGCUGUUAAUCGAUUCAUGGCUGCCAAGGGUUCCGAUGUUUCUGCGAGCAAUUCAACGAUAACAGAUAUGCUAAAUUGUGAUUAUAUCGAGUGCGUUUUCAACUUCCCUGAUUGCAACAACCCUACUAACUGGUUCUCAUCGCGUAGGGAUAGUACCGUUCCUAAUCAACCGGCUGGAAUAUUCUGGGCUGUCCUCAAUAGGUUGCUGAUCAUUGGUCAGACAGUCGUUCUCGUGUUGUCAGAACUAGGCUGGCCCUCGAAGUUUUUCGAUCGCUUUUUCCCUGUGCUCGGGAAGGACUUCGGUUUAGGUGCUCUGGGUGUGAUUCAAUGCCUGAUCGGCGCCGCCAUCUUGUCCCACUUUGUCGACGACUUCACUCUCGUCUCAGCCUUCUUCCUCUUCUCUAUCGGAUGCCUUAAUAUAUUUGUCGGGCUCAUCUUCCGUCAAGGCGCCAAAUCCAAGCGUUCCAUCACAUCCUGGCGUGAACAUGCGAAAAGCGCCCUUCCAACGCAUGUAGCUGGAGUGCCUGUGGCUCCGAUUGUGACGCAUGCCCCGUCGUUCGUGUCAAACGUCUUUGGUAAUGAGAAAGAGAGGCAUUCGACUGCAUCUGAUGGUUCCGAAGCAAGUACUACUUCCAGUAAAGCUAGUCUUGGAUUUGGAAGACAGGGAGAAAAGGCUGCCGCCAUGAAAGGGUACUUCAUCUCGAAGCCUCUAGAGUCUCUUCCCCGCUAUGCACCUAAAUAGACCCAAUCGGCCGGUAGCUCCGAAUGAAGCUGGACUUUCUUAGUUGGCCUUCUAUGUUUCCGUCAUGAUUGCUCACGAAUUCUGCUCUCAAGUAGCUUUAGUCCAUACAAGUUUCAAUCUUGUUUAAUAUUUUACUGUAGCAAUAGACACGCACGGUUUCGCUUUCAACUCUCCGCUUUUAAUAUAAAGUCCGAUCUGGGUCCAGUGUCCAGCGCUUCAGCGCUUAGUCCCAAAUAUGGUUUUCUCCGGAGGUCAACCACUACCAAUCCCUCCGACCACAUAAACCUCUAUUUGUUGGCUCCAUUUUCGUAAGGUAGACAGACAA